AUGACUUCUCGACCUGGCCCGGGGAUUCACGAAUCUCUACAGAAUCGUGGCAGCGCCCUGCCUCCUCGGUCCCAGGUGCAGCGCCGGCCCUCGAAGCCUGCCCAUGCGCUCCUUCAGCCGGACUGCAUCGAUCCGGCCCUAGAGGACGAACGCCCCCCCUCUGUACACAGCGCUGCCCACGAUGCCGCGAGACCUCCCCCGCGAGGACGCCCGCCGCUCUUCUACACCACCAUCCCCCCGAUCCACCCCGUCGAGCUGCCCCUACACUCCUUCCCGUAUCAGCCGACCGCGAACCUGCCCCAGCCCCCACGCCCGGGCUCCCUGCACCUGAGAGAUGCUCCGCACCAGCGUCGCAUACUGCCCGGUGGCACGGGAGUCAAAGACGCGCCCAAACCCGGUGGCCCUGAAGCUGUCGUUCCACCCGUCCAUUUUCCCGGUGGGAAGGCCGCCGAUCUGUUUCCAUGGACCGGCAACAAUCCCGAGGACAACCUGUCUGAGGCGCUAAUCAAGGCAGGCGUCAGUAACAAGCCGCAGAUUAUGAACGAGUCCAACACCGCCCGCCCCUCGCUCAUCAACAACCUCAAGAACAAGUCUGGGCUCAGCACGCUGUCGACCCUGUUCGUCGCCGUACUAGAGAAGAGACAACAGACCGGUCGCCUGCAAACCCCCAAUACCUUCAAGCCCCCACCACGAUUGACGCUGAGAGACUCGACCCGCGAGCAGUGGCUGCACGACUUGGCAAAUCCAACGACAGGCCUCCGCCGACUCAGCCGCACCAUCCCCCACGGACUCACAGGCAAAGUGCUGCUGGAACAAUGUCUCAACAAGAACAUCCCCCUGCCGAGAGCCCUGUGGUUGGCCAAGUGCGUGGGUAUCAACGAACUGCGCGCUCACAAGAGAAAGGGCCAGGCCGGCACUGUGACCUGGGGCAGAGGCUGGACCAGUUCGGUCGAGCAGUUUAUAGACGGUGUCAUUGGCAGUAUUGGGCAGGGUGACUGGAAACCUCGAAUCACGUAUGCCCUCCAGCUUGCGACCCACCUCUACAAAGAGCACCUCCUCGACGAUGACCACUUCCUGGAUUGGAUAGUCAAUGGCCUGGACACAUGUCCCUCCGAACGCCUGUUUAUCUGGCUGCUGGUUGUGUCCAUUUCUCACUACUGGACGGCCGUAACCUGCUGUCGCCGCCGCGGCAAAUCUCUUGCUGAGUCACUGCUCAAUCAGCUUGAUAAGAUCUAUCGACUUGAGGAUCUGAGGCCUUACUUGGCCGUCUUACAAUAUCUAGAGAACACUGUCAUUCGACUGCUCGCGACACGACCUGCCUGUCUGCUGCUUCCGACUGCGUGGGCCAGAUAUGGCCCCCUUCUGCAGAAACUUGCCGAUAGGAAGAACCAUGCACAUGUAACGCAAGCCGUCCGGAGGCUCGAGCUGAGAAAUGCUAGGCUUCUACAACCCCCAAAGAAAGCUCCCUCCGCCUCGCAGACACCGGCUGGCCGCGUCUACCGAAUACUGGACUCUGUAGACUACAGCAAGCCAGUGCGCAUCGAGGACCUGUCGUGUGAUUGUAUGGAGAUCGUCGCCGACGCUCCACGGUUGAUCAGCAUGCUUCUUCAGUGGGCAUGUACGUGCUACCGAGAUGGAGCGCACAGGAUCUAUCUGGCGACCCGGCUACUCCGCAGAUGGAACCAUCUUGGCGCAGAUGUGUACGACGGGAUCGUUUCGUAUCUUCGUGACAUGGCCUGGGUGGCUACCGGCGACCCGAACAUUCUCUUUAGAAUCGUUGCUGAGUUGGUUCGCUCAAAGACUUUCGCUACUGGACGUUAUCUACAAUGGCUCAUCGCUACAGGGUCUACCGGACACAGCACGGAUCUAUCUUCACCACAUUCCUGGCCGCUGCGCCUGGUCACUGAAAUACCCCUCAGUGGACUAACAGACCAAAUCCGUACGUUACGAAAUACACUCCUACGUGGAACUAUGCAUUCAGCCGAGCUAGAGCAAAGAGCACUUAGCUACGCCGAGCACAUAAUAUCCCAGACGUUACCUACCUUGUUCGGUAUCUACACCGACACAGCUAAGCCGAACGACGUAGAGCUAGACAAGCUUAGUUCGACAGUAAAGCUUGAGCUGGGUAUCUGGCUACGUCAACACGUCGCUCAGUAUGCUGAGGUCAGCACGCACAUACCUACCAAGGACUCGUCUGUCGAAGAAACCGCUGCGGUAUCUUUAUUGUCGCCAUGGGACUUCCACAUUGUAAGAUCCUAUCUUGAGCGCUUUGGAGACCUUGCUAUACUUGCGGACAUUGUCGGCGUGGCAACUACAUCUUUGGACCCUAGUGUUCUUGCUUCUGCUGCGGAUACGAUCAAUUACCAUGCCAAAGCAUUUCGUGCUAUAGGUGCUUUUGACCCUUUGUUUGGUAGGAUCGCAACGAGAUAUGCUGCCCUGCGAACGGUCCGAUUACCCGAUCGAGAACUAUUGCUCAGUCUUGCCAGCCUAGCUCGUACGGCGCAUGCUGAUGGCCAACUUCCACAGUUCCUCAACUAUGAUCUGAGCCAACUGAACCAGCGGAACUCACUUGUGGCCUGUUCGCCAGCCUCUGACAACAUGGGUGAGGUCAUGCAAACAGGAUCAUCUUCGGAUGACGAUAUUGAGCGGGUCCUUUCGAGUGGUACCAACAUGGAUCAGCAAAUGAUGGGACGAGUACUUCGCAAGAUUAUUAGUAACCUAGAAGAACAUCUAGCCAAGGGCUCGUUCCACUUGAACAGCCAUCAUGCCUGGUUCCAUCGGCUACGCUGCUUCGACGAGCCGACCUUCGACAUGGUCGUGAACGAAUGGCUGAUCUUAAGCCUGAUGGCUCAAAGGACCGACACGUUGCGGGUAGCCUUGCCCACUCUUGUUGGUUCCGGCUGUGUUCCUUUGACAUCUUUCUUGGAUACUCUUCGAGCUUGUAUCGCUAAGUUCAAGAAUAAUCCUUCUGAAGGUGGUUUCCAGAGCGCUCUCAAAGGCAUGCUGAUUACUUUGCCUUCUGAUACACUGGUUCAAUCUUGCUCGCCACAAGAUGCAUAUCGAUAUCGCCUGGAGCAAAGAAAGCUCUGCCUAGAAACUGAAGGUCGCUUUACGCAAUGUAUUGGUGAGGUGAUUGGGCUUGGCUCCAUGAUUCCAUCUCAGAAGGCCCAAGCGCAGCUUUCAGACUUUCUGCGUAGCAAGCCAAUGCUGCAUGUCCUGAAACAUCGCCUCGUUAGCGAUCCGGGAUGCUUGUCCAAGCUGAACAAGGAGGGUUCAAGUCAUUACUUCAAGCCAUCACUAGAUAACCUCCUGGAUCCCAGAGGCCACAUGAAACUACCGGAAAAGAGCCCUGGACAGCAAGUCCUCGCAGUUUUUGCACUUGCGAGCGAGUUGUCAUUGCCGAUCUGCCAAGCGACCAUCGAACAGCUGUUCUCGUCAAGCGCAACCUCGUUGGGAGACUCUGGUGAGGCACUCUCUGCGUCUCUCUUGAGCGCUAUCAAGACAGCGGUUGAAGAGGAUCAACCCUCAGGAUUAGAGCUUCUCGCAAGCUUGGAUACUGCUCUCACUGACCAGAUUCGACAACAUGCUGAACGCGAGAUCAUCAAUGCCUCUGCCUUCUUGUGCAUGUCACCUGCAAUCAAAGCAGAAGAGGCCGAGAGAGUCUCACCAGCAGUAGUUCAAAAAUAUCUUACGGUUAUUGACCUGACUUCAAGUAAGCGCUCGGAGACCACUGAACAGACUGCUCUGCUUCAAGCUUUGAUCGAGAGAUUCAAAGGCAUAAGCCAGACUCUUGAAGACAGCAGACUCUCGGUUCUAGAGAUAUAUUCUUGGUUGAAUGCUCUCCUCCGUCUGGUAGUGUCUCAUGCAUCGGCCAUGCUGAGUGACGCGAUCCAUCCACACCAGACUGCUAUGAUGAGUGCCAUGGCUGCUCUACUCAUUCAUCCGUCUCUGGAACUAUACCCUACAAUCACUGAGCAUGUCUUCGAUGUUACAGUAUUCCUCUCGGACUAUAUCUCGGAUGACGUCCGGUUUCACGUUACUCGGCUGGAAGGUGCCAGACUUGCAAGCGAUGCACGCUGUGUCUUCAUCCUGGGAGUGACAGCGCCAGUCGACGGCUGGCUUGUUCUGGCCAAACCAGUCAACACCCCUCUGAACCAAGCGUCCUCGCAGCCACCAACGCCAACACCCCUUCAAAAUCAGCAAUCGCCAUAUCAGAGCCCACAGGUACCCGCCAAUAGUUCUGCAACGCCCCAGCAACGCUACCUUCAGCAGCAACAACAGCAAAGACAGCAGCAAAUGCAGGCAGCUCAACAAGCGCAGCAAAUGCGCGCACAGCAGCAGCAGCAGCAGCAAUACCACCAGCAUCCGCAGAACAAGAUGCUGCCUGCUCAGCUUCAACGAACACCGUCGGGCCAAGCCUCUCCUUCUCCACUCCAACAAAUGUCACAAAUGCAGCAGAUGCAGCAAAUGCAACAGCGCGCCAUGCAACCCUCGCCUGUCUACUCGCAGCGUUCGACUCCUGCAGCGAGUCAGAGCCAAACCGGUAGCCAAGGCCAGACAGGUACACAGGCGCCAGGCAAGCUGCAAAUCAGGCAAGACAGGGAGAUUCGGCACUACCCGUUCGUGCAGCCGAGGUGGGAGAUUCUAGCUGAGUCUUCUGGAAACCCGAACGGCAAUGAGACUGCAAUCAACUUGAGUCUCUUUGGUGCGCGGAAGGUAUGA